CCGAGCCGGUAGAACAGAAGAGCCUUGACUCCCACCUGCAGCCAUGAAUGGUGGGUUUAAUAUUUGGGCCAUCACUCCAGAGGAGAGAGGAAAGCAUGACAAACAGUUCGACUCUCUCAGUCCCACACUGGGAUUCGUGUCAGGAGAUCAAGCACGCAAGUUCUUCCUGCAGUCUGGCCUUCCUUCUUCAGUACUGGCUGAGAUCUGGGCGUUAGCUGACAUGGGUAAGGAUGGUAAGAUGGAUCGCUUAGAGUUCUCCAUUGCCAUGAAGCUGAUUAAGCUGCAGCUCCAGGGUGUGUCUCUUCCUCCAUCUCUGCCCAUCAUCAUGAAGCAAACCCCCGUCCCUGUAACAACAUCAUCGGCCCGUUUCGGUAUGGGUUCAAUGCCAAACUUGUCCAUCAUGCCAGCUAUGCCCCUGCUGACCCCAGCGGCUGUCGGCUCCUCUGUGUCUUCUGUAAACUCUUUGACCUCUAUGCCACAUGUGCCCCCUUUGCUGCCUAUGCCAAUGGUCCCCGAUUCCCUCAGUCUGUCAGCACUACCCGACGGCACUGCCGCACUAACAAUGGCACCAGGUGUGAAUAAAUCUCACUCGCUCUUGGAUCUAGCAUCCAGCAGCUCAAACUCUUCCUCUACCAACUCACUGGCAAGUAACUCACCCAAAACCGGAGCAUCUGAUUGGGCGGUGCCUCAGUCCUCCCGACUCAAAUAUAGGCAGCAGUUCAACAGUCUGGACAAGCUGAUGACCGGAUACCUAUCAGGUCCACAGGUCAGAAAUGCCCUCACUGCCUCCAACCUCACACAGACUCAGCUCGCUACUAUAUGGAGUCUAGCAGAUGUGGAUCGUGAUGGUCAGCUGCGAGCGGAGGAGUUUAUUUUGGCUAUGCACCUGGUGGACAUGGCCAAAACAGGUCAUCCUUUACCUCUCACCCUUCCUGCAGAUCUAGUGCCGCCGUCUUUCAGAACAGGGAAGCCAUGUGACCUGCCGAAUGGCAUCAUUACUCGAAUCAGCACAGAACUCAAAGAUCCAGAACCUGCAAACAAGAACAAGAGCAACGUGGCCUUUGAGGAUAAGCUGAAGGAGAACUUCCAGCGAGGCAGCAUGGAGCUAGAGAAGCGACGCCUGGCACUUCAGGACGAGCAGAGAUGUGAGGAGGAACAACGAAGAGAGGAAAGGAGAAAAGAGGAGGAUAGGAAACAACAGAGAGAAAGGGAGGAGCUGGAGAAAAGAGAGAGAGAGGCGCUACGCCGGCAAAGAGAGGAGGAGCAACGUAUCGAAAAACAGAGAGAGAUGGAGAGACGACGGGAAGAGGAAAGACUAAAAGAGCAGGAGAGGCAGGAGGAGGCAGAGCGACAGAGGAGAAAGGAAUGGGAGAGGACGAAGAGAAUGGAGCUCCAGGCUCAACGCGAAAAAGAAAACAAAGACAUUGAGAGACUCACAGCAAGAAAAAGGAGUCUGGAGCUGGAACUGGAGGCUGUGGGCAACAAGCACAAGCAGAUCUCCAACUGUCUCCGUGAUGCUCAGAGCAAGAGGCAUGUUCAGAGAGCGGAGUUAGAGCUCAUUAAUCAGAAAAGAGACGGUCGCAUUGCUGACAUCAACUCUCUACAGCUGCAGUUUGAGGAUGUUCAGAGGCAGCUGAGUAAUUUGGGUCCAGAGAAACAGAGGCUGACCGACAGACUGAGAGACCUCACACAGACCAACACUAACUGUGAAGGACUGAAUGAUGUGAGGAAGAAUGUGGGUAUGAAGGACCUGAGCUGCAGGAAGUUGAAGGAGCAGUUGGAUGCUCUGGAGAGGGAGACGACCACCAAGCUGUCUGAGAUGGAGAGCUACAACCGGGACAUAAAGGAGCUGAGAGAAAGGCAGCAGCAGCAGCAGGCCGUUCUGGAGCAGCUUAACAGGGUGAAGGAGGAGAAAAUGAAGGAGCUGAACAGGCGGAAGCAAGAAGAGGUGGAAAGAAAGAGGAGAGAGGAAGAAGCAGCCAGACAGGCCAAGCUGGAGCAGGAACGCCUUCAGAGAGAGGAGGCCGAGUUCCAGAGGAGGCUCGCCCAGGAGAGAGAGGCCAAACUCAAAGAGGAGCAGCAGCUCCUGGCCCAGGAGAGGCUCCGUCAGGCUCAGGAGAAAGCAGCCCAGCAGGAGAAAGAGGAAAGAGAACGGGAGGAAAAGAUGAGAGUGGAGGAGCAAGAGAGAGAGGAAAAGAGGAGAGUGGAGGAGCAGGAGAGAGAGGAAAAGAGGAGAGUGGAGGAGCGAGAGAGAGACGAAAAGAGGAGAGUGGAGGAGCGAGAGAGGGAGGAACAGGAAAGGGGAAAAGAUGGAACGAAUGAAGAAAUAACAAAACCUUUGGAUCUUCAGUCGCAGCUCUCAGCACUGUUCAGCAGCACAACAAAUGGACCUGUUUUGGAUGCCCAGGGAAAUAAUGGCAUGCGAAGCACCUAUAGAGCGCUGUACCCCUUCACUGCCCGCAAUGAUGACGAACUCACACUGGAGGCAAAUUGCUUAAUUGAGGUGGAUGAACUGACAGUGAGAGGGCCCGGCUGGCUGUACGGUACAUAUGGAGGUAGCAGCGGCUGGUUUCCUGAGAGCUAUGCUGAAAAAACCAGCAACAACCAGCAGAAUAAUGUCAAUUCUUCACACUCCACACUGACCUCUACUGACCAGUUCAGGAUCCCCAGGGUGGAUAUAGAGGGACCAACACCCACACACACACCUGCAGCUACACACACACAACACACACAGGCUGUAGCUUUAAGUCCAUGGACAGCAACCACUGACACCCACCUUGGCUUCUCAAAGGACGAUAUCAUCACAGUUCUGGAGCAGCAGGAGACGUGGUGGUAUGGGGAACUCGGGGAGAAACGAGGGUGGUUCCCCAAAUCCUACGUCUCCAUAGUGACCACGAACAACAACCAUGCAGAGCCUUUAUACUCCACUGUUGAUGAAUUAGAACUGCCAGACUCCAUCCUGCUUGAAGAAUACGUGGCUCUUUACACGUACGAGAGUCCUGAAUCAGGUGACCUGACUUUCCGGGCCGAAGAUGUUGUUUUGGUAACAGAGAAAGAAGGCGAGUGGUGGAAAGGCUGCAUCGGCGAUCGAUCAGGACUUUUUCCUUCGAACUACGUCAAACCCAAAGAUCUAGACGCGGCCAAACCUGGUGCUGCCAGCAGAAAGCCAGAGAUUGCACAGGUAACAGCAACCUGUGUGGCAUCGACACCAGAGCAGCUGAGCGUGACUCCUGGCCAGCUGAUCCUCAUCCUCCAUAAGAACUCCUGUGGCUGGUGGUUGGGGGAGCUGCAGGCUCGGGGUAAGAAGCGUCAGAAAGGCUGGUUUCACUCUUCAAACGUCAGACUGCUGGAGCCCAACUGUGCCAAAACCCCUCCUGCAUCUCAGCCCUUGUGUCAGGUGAUUGCAAUGUAUGACUACAAAGCCGCCAAUGGGGAUGAACUAAGUUUUCUGAAAGGUCAGCUGAUUAAUGUGUUCAACAAGGAUGACUCUGAUUGGUGGAAAGGAGAGGUUAAUGGGAUCACCGGGCUAUUCCCGACCAAUUACGUCAAGAUGACCACAGAGACUGACCCCAGCCAGCAAUGGUGUGCGGAUCUUCUGAGUUUGGACUCCAUGAGUUCUGAGGAGAGAAAGAGACAGGGCUACAUCCACGAACUCAUAGAGACCGAGCAGACGUAUGUACAGGACCUGGAACUGGUUCUGGAGGUGUUCUACAAACCGAUGGCUGAGUCAGGCAGGUUGACUGAGGCUGAGAUGAGCAUGAUCUUUGUAAACUGGAAAGAACUGAUCAUGUGUAACACCAAACUGCUCAAAGCUCUGCGGGUAAGGAAGAAGACGGUGGGCGAGCGCAUGCCCGUGCAGGUGAUCGGCGACAUUCUGUCCUCUGAGCUUGCCCACAUGCAGGCCUACAUCCGCUUCUGCAGCUGCCAACUGAACGCUGCCGCACUGUUGCAGCAGAAAACAGAUGCCUCAGAUGAUUUUAAACUCUUCCUAAAGAAAAUAGCCACUAAUUACCUCUGUAAAGGAAUGCCACUGUCCAGCUUCCUGCUGAAGCCCAUGCAGAGGAUCACUCGCUAUCCGCUAAUCAUCAGAAAUAUUCUGGAGAAUACUCCAGUGGGCCACGUGGACCAGGUGAACCUCCGGGAGGCACUGGACAGAGCCGAGCUUCUGUGCUCUCAGGUGAACGAGGGCGUGAGAGAGAAGGAAAACUCGGACCGACUGGAGUGGCUGCAGAACCAUGUGCAGUGUGAGGGGAUCAUUGAGCACCUGGUUUUUAACUCUUUGACGAACUGCCUGGGUCCUCGCAAGCUGCUGCACAGUGGACGCCUAUGGAAAGCUAAAAGCAGCAAGGAACUCUGGGCCUUUUUGUUUAGUGACUUUCUGCUCCUCACCUACACAUCCAAACAGUUCUCCUCAAACACAGACAGACUCUUCAACCCCAAAUCCAACACAGUCUACAAGAUGUACAAAACGCCUGUGUUCUUGAAUGAAGUGCUGGUUAAAAUGCCGUCCGACCCAUCCAGUGAUGAUCCAGUGUUCCACAUUUCACACAUUGACCGUGUUUACACGCUGAAAGCUGAAAACAUUAACGAAAGAACCACAUGGGUCCAGCGGAUCAAGGCAGCCUCCGAGCGUUUCAUUGAGACAGAAAAGCUGAAAAGAGAGAAAGCGUACCAAGCUCGAUCUCAGAAGACGAGUGGUAUUGGACGUUUGUUAGUAACAGUGCUGGAGGCUAUCGAUCUGAAACCCUGCAAGCCAAAUGGUAAGAGUAACCCAUACUGCGAGCUGUCUAUGGGAGCACAGUGCUACACCUCACGGACACAAAACGACACAGUCAACCCCAAAUGGAACUUCAGCUGUCAGUUCUUCAUCAAAGAUCUGUACCAGGAUGUCUUGUGCAUCACUGUCUUUGAACGGGACCAGUUCUCACCCGAUGACUUCCUGGGUCGCACAGAGGUUCCUGUGGCCACUAUAAAGAAAGAUCAAGAGGGAAAAGGACCACUAACUCGACGUCUGCUUCUGCACGAAGUUUCCACUGGAGAGGUUCGAGUUCGCCUCGACCUGCAGCUCUAUGAGCAGUUGCCCCUCCUCUGACCUCUUUUUAGUCCUUAGCCGUGAAACUCUACAAUUCCUAAAUUUACUGUAUUUUUCUUUUUUCUAAAAAAAAAAGGAUAUAAAUGUUUUAUCUGAUACAGCAAGCACAAGGAAGCAGUGAUGGAAAGUUAGAUUAUUUAACAUCAAAAUAAUAAAAAAUGUUUUAUAACAUUUUGUUAAGUAAACAUUUCAUAUUAUAGCAACUGACAAAACAAAAAAUACAGUAUAAAAGUAAAGUAUAAAAGUAAAAAGUAAAGUAUAAAAGUAAUUUCUGAGAACUAAAAGAACAUUUGCAGAAAUCAGUAAUAAUCCUGCUGUGAAUUACAUCUGUAUCACAAGUGUAUGGAAGUUUCAACUGUAAAUG